UUCAGUCGCUAAGAUGGCUGGAGCGCGGCGCGGCCGGGGCUGAGGGGAGCAGCAGCGCGGAGGGGAGCGGAGCAGCCGCCGGCCCGCACCAUGUCGGCGGGCGCGGACGACAGCUCGGUGCGGGUGGCUGUGAGAAUUAGACCACAACUAGCCAAAGAAAAGAUUGAAGGAUGCCAUAUUUGCACAUCUAUCACACCCGGCGAGCCUCAAGUGUUCCUGGGAAAAGACAAGGCCUUCACUUUUGACUAUGUGUUUGACAUCGAGUCACGGCAAGAGGAGAUCUACGUACAGUGUAUUGAACAACUGAUCGAUGGUUGCUUUGAAGGAUAUAAUGCCACUGUUUUUGCUUAUGGCCAAACAGGUGCUGGCAAAACAUAUACCAUGGGAACGGGAUUUGAUGUCAACAUAACAGAAGAGGAACAGGGCAUUAUAUCUCGUGCUGUUAUGCAUCUUUUUAGAUGUAUUGAAGAAAAAAAGCAAGCUGCUAUUAAACAAGGACUUCCUCCUCCUGAAUUUAAAGUGAAUGCUCAGUUCUUAGAGCUUUACAAUGAAGAAAUACUUGAUCUGUUUGAUACAACACGUGAUAUUGAUGCAAAAAAUAAAAAAUCAAAUAUCAAAAUACAUGAAGAUUCAACUGGAGGAAUUUAUACAGUAGGAGUUACAACACGAACUGUGAAUGGAGAAUCCGAGAUGAUGCAGUGUUUGAAGUUGGGUGCUUUAUCUCGAACAACUGCCAGUACUCAGAUGAAUGUUCAGAGUUCACGGUCACAUGCGAUCUUCACUAUCCAUUUGUGUCAAACCAGAGUUUGUCCUGCAUUUAACACCGAAAGCGAGACAGAUAACAGGAUAAUAUCUGAAUCUUCUCAAAUGAAUGAGUUUGAAACCCUUACUGCCAAGUUCCAUUUUGUUGAUCUGGCGGGAUCGGAAAGGUUAAAGCGUACCGGAGCUACUGGAGAGAGGGCAAAAGAAGGCAUUUCCAUCAACUGUGGGCUACUGGCACUUGGUAAUGUUAUAAGUGCAUUGGGAGAUAAAAGUAAGAAGGCAACUCAUGUACCGUAUAGAGAUUCAAAGCUUACCAGGCUGCUUCAAGAUUCUCUUGGAGGAAACAGCCAGACAGUCAUGAUAGCAUGUGUAAGCCCUUCAGAUAGAGACUUUAUGGAAACUCUGAACACACUGAAAUAUGCCAAUCGGGCGCGAAACAUAAAGAAUAAAGUGAUGGUUAAUCAGGACAGGGCCAGUCAGCAAAUUAAUGCUCUGCGCAGUGAGAUUGCACGGCUUCAGAUGGAACUUAUGGAGUAUAAGACAGGCAAAAGGAUUAUUGAUGAGGAAGGUGUUGAAAGCAUCAAUGACAUGUUUCAUGAAAAUGCCAUGUUGCAAACAGAAAACAACAACCUGCGUAUAAGAAUUAAAGCAAUGCAAGAGACUAUGGAUGCAUUGAGAGCCAGAAUAACCCAGCUGAUGAGUGAUCAAGCCAGCCAGGUUCUUGCCAGAGCAGGAGAAGGAAAUGAAGAAAUCAGCAACAUGAUUCAUAACUAUAUCAAGGAAAUUGAAGAUCUCAGAGCAAAACUAUUAGAGAGUGAAGCAGUGAAUGAAAAUCUUCGACGCAGCCUGUCAAGAGCUUCAACAAGAUCACCAUAUUUUGGGGGGCCUUCGGCAUUUUCUGCUUCUAUGCUUUCUUCAGAAAAAGAGACCAUGGAAAUUCUAGAUAUAGCGAAGAAAGAUUUAGAAAAACUGAAGAAAAAAGAAAAGAAGAAGAAAAAGAGGCUACAGAAACUUGAGGAAAGCAGUCGAGAAGAAAGAAGUGCUAAAGAAGAGAACACGGACAAUGAGCAAGAGAAAAAAGAUGAAAAAUGCCCUUCAGAGAGAGAGAACCAUGAACUCGAAGCAGAGGAAAGUCAAGAAGUAAGUGAUCAUGAUGAGGAGGAGGAAGAAGAGGAGGAAGAUGAAGAUGAUAUGGAAGUUGCUGAAAGCUCAGAUGACUCUGAUUCUGAUUCAGAUGAAAAGGAGAAUUAUCAGGCAGAUUUGGCAAACAUCACUUGUGAAAUUGCCAUAAAGCAAAAGCUGAUAGAUGAACUAGAGAACAGCCAGAGAAGGCUGCAAACUCUGAAAAAGCAAUAUGAAGAGAAGCUAAUGAUGCUACAACAUAAGAUUCGAGAUACUCAACUUGAAAGAGAUCAGGUUCUUCAAAAUCUGGGUUCUGUGGAGUCCUACUCAGAAGAAAAGGCAAAAAAAAUAAAGUUGGAGUAUGAGAAGAAGCUUCAGACCAUGAAUAAAGAACUGCAAAGACUUCAAACAGCUCAGAAGGAACAUGCACGAUUGCUUAAAAAUCAGUCGCAAUAUGAGAAGCAGCUGAAGAAACUGCAGCAGGAGGUGACUGAGAUGAAGAAAACCAAGGUUCGCCUGAUGAAGCAAAUGAAAGAAGAGCAAGAAAAAGCCAGGAUGACUGAAUCUCGAAGAAAUAGAGAGAUUGCACAGCUGAGAAAAGAGCAACGCAAACGAGAGCAUCAGCUCAAACUUCUGGAAGCUCAGAAAAGAAAUCAAGAAGUUAUUCUGCGCCGCAGAACUGAAGAGGUGACAGCUCUUCGUCGGCAAGUAAGGCCUAUAUCUGACAGAGUGACCGGGAAGGCGAGUCGAAAGCUGAGUCUGCCUGAUCAUCCUAUUCAAGAACCGAGUUCUAGUAUGGCACCAGCAGAUUAUGAUGCAUCAAGAGCUGCAGCCCAGCAGAAAAUGAGAAUUCCUGUGGCAAGAGUCCAGGCAUUACCUGUAACUGCAACAAAUGGAACCAGAAAGAAAUAUCAGAGGAAAGGAAUAACUGGCAGAGUGUAUUCAUCAAGGGCAGCCAGGAUGAAGUGGCAAUUACUUGAACGCAGAGUGACUGACAUCAUUAUGCAGAGAGUGACCAUUUCGAAUAUGGAGGCGGAUAUGAAUAGACUACUUAAGCAACGUGAAGAACUUACAAAAAGAAGAGAGAAACUUUCCAAAAGAAGGGAGAAACUUAUCAAAGACAGUGGUGGAGAAGCAGAUAAAAGUGUCCAAAACAUCAAUGAGGAGUUGGAGUCUCUAACUGCAAAUAUAGAUUACAUCAAUGAUAGCAUUGCUGACUGCCAAGCAAACAUCAUGCAGAUGGAGGAAGCAAAGGAAGAAGGAGAGACCCUGGAUGUUACUGCAGUGAUUAAUGCCUGCACUCUUACAGAAGCACGAUAUCUUCUUGAUCACUUCUUGACAAUGGGCAUUAAUAAGGGUCUCCAAGCAGCCCAGAAGGAGGCACAGAUUAAAGUUCUUGAAGGACGCCUUAAGCAAACUGAAAUUACAAGUGCUACGCAAAACCAGCUGCUGUUUCAUAUGUUGAAGGAAAAAGCAGAGUUAAAUCCUGAACUUGAUGCUUUGCUGGGUCAUGCUUUGCAAGACCUAGAUAGCAUACCACUGGAAAAUGUAGAAGAUAGUUCUGAUGAGGAUGCACCACCACACAGCCCUGGAGCAGAAGGAAGUUCAUUGUCUUCAGAUCUUAUGAAGCUGUGUGGUGAAGUUAAGCCCAAGAAUAAGGCCCGCCGAAGGACCACCACCCAGAUGGAAUUACUCUAUGCAGAUAGCAGCGAUUUAGCCUCUGAUGUUAGUACAUCGGACACCACUAUUCCUGGUCCUCUUGCUUCUGUUGCAGAAGUGCAAGAGAUUGGGAUAACUACUGAUACAAGUGAUACAUCUGCUAGGGAAAGAGAGUUUGUUCCCCCACCGUCUGGCUUGCCUUCUAAGAUAGGCAGCAUUUCUAGACAGCCAUCUCUGACAGAAAAGAAAAUAUCCGAACCUUCACCUUUAGCAAAGAGAAAGGCCUAUGAGAAAGCAACGGAAAGGACAAAGACAAAAGAACAAAAACACUCAGAUUCUGGAACCUCAGAGGCUAGUCUGUCACCUCCUUCUUCCCCACCAAGCCGGCCCCGUAAUGAACUGAAUGUUUUUAGUCGUCUUACUGUUUCUCAGGGAAACACAUCAGUUCAGCAGGAUAAGUCUGAUGAAAGUGAUUCCUCUCUGUCGGAGGUACACAGGGGUAUAAUCAAUCCAUUCCCUGCUUCCAAGUGCAUUAGAACUUCUUCACUUCAGUGUAUCCACACAGCAGAGGGGCACACCAAGGCUGUGCUUUGUGUUGAUGCAACUGAUGAUCUUCUCUUCACUGGAUCUAAAGAUCGCACUUGUAAAGUAUGGAAUCUGGUGACUGGACAGGAAAUUAUGUCUCUGGGGGGUCAUCCCAACAAUGUUGUAUCUGUAAAAUAUUGCAACUAUACUAGCCUGGUCUUCACAAUCUCAACAUCUUAUAUUAAGGUGUGGGACAUCAGAGAUUCUGCCAAAUGUAUUCGAACACUAAUGUCUUCAGGCCAGGCGAUGAUAGGUGAUGCUUGCUCCGGAAGCAGUAACAGAACAGUAACCAUUCCUGCUGGUGAAAACCAGAUCAACCAAAUUGCACUAAACCCAACAGGCACUUUCCUUUAUGCAGCUGCUGGAAAUUCAGUGAGGAUGUGGGACCUUAAGAGAUUUCAAUCUACAGGAAAAUUAACUGGUCACUUGGGCCCUGUCAUGUGCCUUACUGUAGACCGUAUUUCCAAUGGACAAGAUCUUAUUAUUACUGGAUCAAAGGAUCAUUACAUAAAGAUGUUUGAUGUAACUGAAGGGGCUCUUGGAAGUGUAAGUCCUACACACAAUUUUGAACCACCUCAUUAUGAUGGUAUUGAAGCCCUUGCAAUCAUGGGAGACAACCUUUUUAGUGGAUCCAGAGAUAAUGGAAUAAAAAAGUGGGAUUUGGUUCAAAAAGAUCUACUUCAGCAAAUUCCUAAUGCACAUAAGGACUGGGUGUGUGCUCUUGGACUGGUGCCUGGCUCACCUGUUCUGCUCAGUGGUUGUAGAGGAGGUAUUCUGAAGCUCUGGAAUGUGGAUACGUUUGCACCUAUUGGAGAGAUGAAGGGUCAUGACAGUCCUAUCAAUGCAAUCUGUACCAACUCCAGCCAGAUUUUUACAGCAGCAGAUGAUCGAACUGUGAGGAUCUGGAAAGCUCGCAAUGUACUAGAUGGACAGAUAUCGGAUACUGGAGAAACAAGUGAAGAUAUUGCCAGUAAUUAAACUUUAAUUGAAAUCAUGGACAUAAAUGAAUACUGUGAUAAAAUGCUGUGUGUACUGUUUUUGUGCACUUUGCACGUUUAUUAGGUAAACACUGACAACUGGAGUAAACUGGUAGAUGCAGGUGGACCAGGUGGGAAAUGUUUCGUACUCUACUAGAACCACUGUUCUUAAAACACAUAGUCUGUUACUGUAUUUAAAAAAAAAACACACAACCCUAUUGGUAAUAUGCUUGAGUCUCACUGAGAUUAUAUAUAUCUAUAAAUAUAUAUAUCAUGGCUGGAUUUGUGUGCAUAAAUACAAUAUUUGCAAUUUAAACAAACUGGAAAGCAGUCUGCUCUAAUGACCGUCUCAGAAUUGUAUCCUGGAGUACAAGAUAUUCUGCAGUACUUCACUGACAGUGAUCAGCUGGUUUGCAGUUUAAGAUGAUAAUGUGGAAUCAUAAUUCAUUUGUAGUCCUAUUAAUAAACCUUUAAUUGGGAUAGAUGGUUUGAAAUUCUGAAAGGCUACUUGCGUUGCUGUUAUUAAAGUAGACUGAAAAAAACCUCUCAAAACGUUGUUAGUGUGACAGAUAUCUCUGACAGGACUGUACCUUGCUAAUAGUGAAUGCCAUAAAAUUUGUGUUAACGUUGGCAUAUAAUUCUUGUUGACCAAAGUUGUGCAGCUAUAUAUACAUUGUGCUCAGGACUAGAACUAAAUACUGUUAAACUGUUAUGUUUUACUAGAGCUUUGCCUAUAUUCUGUAACGACCAGUAUUCUUAAUGUCAGAACAGAAUUGUAUCUUAAUCUAUUUUUCUUAUGGAUUUGUUUGUAUCAUCUCACAUUUUUUCUUAUUUUAAACAGCAAAAUGUCUUUCCUUUUAUCUAAUUUUAUAUGCUGCUAAAUAUAUUUUAAAUACACUAUGUUUUGCAAAACUUGGCAGUUAUGAGAACUGAACCACCUGCAUAGGAAAAGCUAUGUAAAUAGAUGGUUGUACAAAGAGAAUAUCUUAUCUUGUGCCUGUAUGAAUUUUAAAGCAAUGUAGAGUGUGGAUAUUAUAAGAGGAUGUAUAAUUUAUCCAGCUGCUUAAAAUAUUAAUUUGUAAAUUCUGCAAGUUUUAAGUGUUGUAGAGUCUAAAACAGUGUUUGGGUGUUGAAGGGUUUUUUUUGGUAGAAAAUAUCAGCCUGUAAAUUGUAGCUUGCUGAAGUAAUGCUUAAAUAAACUUGUGAACAUCAA